AUGCCGUCGCCGCCGUCUUUUGCCGCUUCACCGCCGCCAAUUAGCGCCAUCGUGGAGACUUACGGACUGAGAUGGACGAAUAACAAUUUGGCUGUGAUAGCCAUUUGUUUCCUCAUUAUACUCUACCUCAUCCUCUUAAAUUUCUUCAAAUCCGAAUUAGAAUCCGGCAGUGAUCCAGCCGGAGCAUUGCCGGUGGUGCGAGAGCCGGAGAUUGUACGGAUUGAGGCCUCGGUUUUCAGUUACAAGGAAGCCGAUGGAGGUCACGACGAUGAAUGUGCGAUUUGCCUUGACGAAUUUGAAGAUGCCCAAAAGUGCCGGAAGAUGAAUAAGUGUGGCCAUAUAUUCCACCGCCGCUGCAUUGACCGGUGGCUCAAGGUGGACCGCCACUGCCCCCUUUGCCGCAGCUGCGUUUGCGUAGUCGUUCAUCCAUGA